CUCACACGAACAGCCUCAACCCCGCGCACGCUCCCCUUCCUGCCCCGCCCUCCCGGCUCCACGCGCGCGGCUCCUCGGGGCCUUUUCCCAGGACUGGGCCUGGACCGUGGCUUCUGGGCCCCUCGGUGCUGCUCGCCAAAGUGAAAGUGAAAUGAGGAAGGACGGCCGAGUGGUCUGCAGGAGAAGAGUAAUUAGUGUGAACCAUCUGUGUCAAGGUUCACAUUAAGCCUCACCACCCUCAGGGUCGCUUAAAAGACUGGAGUGAAACUACGGAGACUGUCGUUGAGGAGGAAGAAAGAGGACAGCCCUCCUGAUUCUUUAGAGAUUGGGUGGAGAACUCUUCCCAUAAUCAUUGAGUGUUCUCUAGUCAGAGGACUUUAAACUGCUGGAUUUCUCACUUGGUUUUCAGCUGUGGUCAGAACACUUGAUAUAGCCUUUCUCCCUCUGGGGGGAAAGAAAACAACAUCCUCUCCUGCACACAUUGUCAGACUCAUGAGGCCACAACUGACAUACAUGCUGGAAGGAGAAAGUGCUCUGCGGUGCCUUGUUUUAUCUUUUGAAUUACGUCCUCCUGAGACUGUGGCUGACCCUAGGCCCAUGGCGUUCCUGCAUGUGAUUGACGUGCGUGAUUAGCAGGCUAGUGAGAGAACCAGGGAAAUUGCUGUCAAAACAAUUACAUACAGGGACAUAAGAACAAUGGCUUGAGAGCCCCCAGGGAUUUAGAGACCAUCCUAGCUCUGCCACGCAUGCCCUCUGGGACCGUGGCCAAGUCACAUCAUCUCUUUGUGUCUUCGAUUUCUUCCUGGUGUGAUUAUCUUGGAACAAAGCCUGCUUCCUAGGUGUGAGCCUAUGCAGUUACCCUGGGACCCACACUCAGAAAGGGCAAAAUGAAUCUGGAGUUGCUGUCCAUAAUGAGAGAAUAUAUUUAGUUGAGGAACAUGCAGUUUGGACAAAUGAGCCUCCAGCUUGUGUCCAGAUAAAUCAAAAAUGGCAGAACUCUUUAUGGAAUGUGAAGAAGAAGAGUUGGAACCAUGGCAGAAGAAAGUAAAAGAGGUUGAUGAUGAUGAUGAUGAUGAGCCGAUCUUUGUUGGAGAGAUAUCAAGUUCAAAACCAGCAAUUUCAAAUAUUUUGAAUAGAGUAAACCCCAGCUCAUAUUCAAGGGGAAUAAAGAAUGGUGCGCUCAGCCGAGGUAUUACUGCUGCAUUCAAGCCUACAAGUCAACACUACACGAACCCAACAUCAAAUCCAGUGCCUGCCUCGCCAGUAAAUUUUCAUCCUGAAUCUAGAUCUUCAGAUAGUUCUGUUAUUGUUCAGCCUUUGUCUAAACCUGGUUAUAUAACGAAGUCAUCACGAGUUGUUUCUAAUAAUUCUUCAGAGUUACUGUUUGACUUGACCCAGGAUACAGGAUUACCACUUUACCAAGGAGGACCAACACUUUCUAUAGCAGGUAUGAAUGAAAGUUCAUUUUUAUCAAAACGUCCUUCUACUUCUGAAGUAAACAGUGUUAAUCCAAAAAAGUCUAAACCCAGUGAAGGUGUUUCUGGAACAAAUUCCUCAACUGUAUUUUCUUCAGUUAAAUCUCUUUCAGUGACAUCUCCCCAGGCUAUGCCAUCAAAAGGUACAAAUAUCUCAUCAAAUCAAUCUAAAAAUGGAACACCUUUUCCGAGAGCUUGUCCAAAGUGCAAUAUUCAUUUCAAUCUUUUGGAUCCUUUGAAAAAUCACAUGAAGUACUGUUGUCCAGACAUGAUAAAUAACUUUUUGGGACUGGCUAAAACAGAAUUUUCAAGUACAGCAAAUAAAAGUAAAACUGUUGAUUCAGAAAAAGGAAAACUGAUCAUGUUAGUUAAUGACUUUUAUUAUGGAAAACAUGAAGGAGAUGUCCAGGAAGAACAGAAGACUUACACAACCUUUAAAUGCUUCAGUUGCUUGAAAAUUCUUAAAAAUAAUAUCAGAUUGAUGAUAUUAUCACUUAAUUUCAACAUUAUUUCCUGUAGUGACUCAAAGUUUAUGAACCACAUGAAACAUCAUUUGGAACUUGAGAAGCAGAGCAGUGAAAGCUGGGAAAACCACACCACCUGCCAGCACUGCUACCGUCAGUUUCCCACACCAUUUCAACUGCAGUGUCACAUUGAAAGUACACACACACCCCAUGAAUUUUCUACCAUUUGCAAAAUAUGUGAAUUAUCAUUUGAAACAGAGCAUAUUCUUUUACAACAUAUGAAGGACAAUCAUAAACCUGGUGAAAUGCCAUAUAUUUGCCAGGUUUGCAAUUAUAGAUCAUCAUCAUUUUCUGAUGUAGAAACUCAUUUUAGAACAUCCCACGAAAACACUAAGAACUUGCUAUGUCCGUUUUGCCUCAAAGUUAUUAAAAUUGCAACACCCUAUAUGCAUCAUUACAUGAAGCAUCAGAAAAAAGGAAUACAUCGUUGUACAAAAUGCAGACUACAGUUUUUAACAUGCAAAGAGAAAAUGGAUCACAAGACUCAGCAUCAUCGGACAUUUAUAAAACCUAAACAACUAGAAGGAUUGCCUCCAGGAACAAAAGUUACUAUUCGAGCUUCAGUUGGCCCUCUUCAAUCAGGAUCUUCAACUACACCUACCAUUAGUGCAAGCACUUCUACCCUUCAGCUCUCACCUCCAAGGACUAAAAAUAUAACUGCUAAAAAUCCCACAAAAUCUAACACAAGUAAACCUAAUAUAACUAAAUCCAUUGCAAGUAAACCUAAUGCAAGUAAGCCUAAUGGAAGUAAAUCUAAAUACAAAUCAAAAAUACCUAAUAUGCAAAAGAAACAAAGCACAUUGGCUAGUAGCAAUAAAAAAAGUAAAGUCAAUACAGCAUUGAGGAAUUUAAGGUGUCGUCGGGGAGUUCACAAGUGCAUUGAGUGUUGUUCUGAAAUAAAAGAUUUUGCAAACCAUUUUCCUACAUAUGUCCACUGUAGUUUUUGCAGAUACAACACUAGCUGUAGCAAAGCCUAUGUGAAUCAUAUGAUGAGCUUUCAUAGUAAUCGUCCAAGUAAAAGGUUUUGUAUCUUUAAGAAGUAUUCAGAAGAUCUCAGGGGCAUUACUCUAGUGUGCCUUAAUUGUGAUUUCCUAACUGAUGUUUCUGGCUUAGAUAAUAUGGCUACACACUUAAGUCAACAUGAAACUCAUGCUUGUCAAGUUGUAAUAGAGAAAGUUUCUGUUUGUAUCCCAACUUCUGAACAUCUUUCUGAAUUAAAAAAUGAAGCUCCCACUAAGGAACAAGAACCUGUGUCUGAGGAACUUGCAAGACCUAAUAUGGCUGAAGGAGAAACAGAAACAUCAAAUUCUGAAAGUAAACAAGAUGAAGCUUCUUCAGAGGAAAUAAAAAAUGGAUGUGAUGUGCAUUUAUUCGAAGGCUCAUCAACAACAAAAAGUGAAGAAGGUGUAUCAGGUUCAGAUAAAGAAAAUGAUACCUGUCUUGAAGACCAGGAAACUGGCUCAAAGAAUAUCUUCAGUUAUGAUUCAAUUAUUGAUGCAGAUAAGGUGGAAAAGGAAAAACAAAUAGAGCACAUUUGUCAGGAAACAGAGUUGAAGAGGUGCCAAAGUUCAGAAAACCUCAUUGCACGUGAUCAGAUUGAAGAUUGCAAUGCCAGUGAAGCUAGAUUUUCUUCAAAGAAUAUUAAGGAUUUGCAAUUAACAUCUGGUGAUGUUAGCAUUGAUCAGUUUUUGAGAAAAAGAGAUGAACCUGAAUCUGUUAGUUCUGAUGUUAGUGAGCAAGGCAGUAUUCAUUUGGAACCUUUGACUCCAUCAGAAGUGCUUGAGUUUGAAGCCACAGAGAUUCUUCAGAAAGGUAGUGGUGAUCCUUCAGCCAAGACUGAUGAAGUAGUGUCUGAUCAAACAGAUGACGUUCCUGGAGAAAAUAGCCUUAGCACAACAGAGACAACAGGAGACCUGGCAGAUGAAAAAGAAAGAAGUUGAAAUUAAUUAGGCAUUCUAAGUUUUAGUGUACCAACGAUAAGAGCAUUUGGAACAGUGCUAUCAGGUGAGCUCAGUGGUGCUGUUGCAGAGUGCAGAGAUAGAAAAAUGUGAGGGAGGUCAUUCAUACACUUUACCUGUAUAUUCAACCUCGGUUAUUAAAUCAAUUCAUCAUUAAUAGCAUGAUUAGUAUGAAUUUCCAAGAAGUUUUUAAGACAUGAAUAAGAUUUUAAUGAAAGUUAAGUUUGCAAUGAAAAAGUCUCAUUUAUCAGUUUUCGAGGUUAUGGAACCUGGUGGUCAAUAUGAAUUGAAUAUUAGAAUAUUAUUUAUAUUAAUAAAGCUUUUGAAAUUUCCAUCAGUUCUAAACUAAAAGUCCUUAUUACCUGUACAUCCUUUUCAAUUAACUUAAAGGAAGAGAUUUGGAAACCACAUACCUUUUGGGAAUAAUUGAUUUAAAAUAAUGGCCAAUUGGGCUUUGUUAAUGAAGGUUUCAUUUUGAGUAUGAUACUGGUAAAUGGAGCAUGUUUAGAAUGCUAAAUUCAUUGAUCUAAUGAGAAUUUGGAUGAACAUAAACUUAAUUUUGGAUAUAAUAUUACAUUCCAGACUGCCAGAAGCAUGUAAACAGAAUAUUUGAAUCUGUGUACCUCCAUACAAGUGUUAGCCUGCCAGGCUGUAAGCUUACCUUAAUUAAACUUUCAGUGAAAGUGAAAUUAUUAAAAUAAAAAUUUAUAUUUGUGCUUUUUGUCAGUGUGUAAGCUGUGCAGAAAUCCCUUGAUGUACUAGUUGUAUAAAGUAGAAACCCACUGUUGAAACUCCUGUAGCUAUUAUGCUCUUAAUAUUGUUUUAAUGAUCUUCUUUAGAAAUAGACCCAUAAAAAUGGUCUGGAAACCAAACCAAAGUAUGGAUUAAUGUAGAUAUUGUAAAGCAGUAAACUGAAAACAUGUCCUGGCAUGAAUUCAGCCAUGUUUAAGUGACUUUUUCUGUAAUUGUAAAAUAGAAAAUUCAAAUGGGACCUAAAGCAGGAUGUAAAAAAUUGGUUUGGGAUAUUUAGCCUAAUUUAUCCAUAAGAUGGCUGCUAAAUUGAUUUUUUCAGUUUUUUAUCAUAUAGAAAAUAAUAGAUAUAGAAAUGAAUAAUAUGAGUAACAGUAGUUUGCUUUGACGUACUAACAAACUUUUAUUUAAAAUGCUACAUUUUUACUUCUUAAAAUGUGCUUUGAAUUCUUAAAAUUUUGUUUCACUGAAUGUUAAAUGUUUAAAAUGGCUAUUAAAAUUCUGCUGUAUAUAGUAGUUUUUGAGUAAAUAUUUGCAAUAAAAAUCUGUCCCUGAAUAAUU